UUUUCAGUCAUCUAUCGAUCUGGAUAAUUUUCUUUGAAUGGAUUCCCUUCAGGGUUUCGAACCCUCGAAUUCAAGCCCUUCUUCCGCCACCAUUUUGACCCCAUGUUUCCCUGCAGACCUCUCCAUCGCCACCGUAAGCACCACCGUGAACCCUUUACCAGCUGCGGCUUCUUCUUCUUCAUCAUCAUCGGCUUCUCCUUCGACUCUCAGCCGCUACGAGAACCAAAAGCGGCGUGACUGGAACACUUUCGGGCAGUACCUCCGGAACCACCGCCCGCCGCUCUCGCUUUCCCGCUGCAGCGGCGCCCACGUCCUGGAGUUCCUCCGGUACCUUGACCAGUUCGGGAAAACCAAAGUGCACACCCAGCUUUGUCCUUUCUUCGGUCACCCUAACCCUCCGGCUCCAUGCCCUUGUCCUCUCCGGCAAGCUUGGGGAAGCCUCGAUGCUCUCAUCGGACGCCUCCGUGCCGCCUUCGAAGAACACGGCGGCAAACCCGAAGCUAACCCUUUCGGUGCCACUAUUAGGCUUUACCUACGUGAGGUUCGUGAUUCACAGGCUAAAGCAAGAGGCAUAAGCUAUGAGAAGAAGAAACGAAAGCGACCACCUCAAGCUCCCCCUCCUCCACCACCACAGCCACCGUCUCUUCCGCCGGCUCCCAGCCAAAACCAGUAAGCAAAAACAUAAAAAUGAAAAGACGUUAUCAUCUAU